UUUGGUUCUAAGUCCAAUAUGGCAGCUCUCAAGAAUCAGCUGAUUGUGAAUCUCCUAAAGGAAGAACAAAUCUCCCAGAAUAAGAUUUCAGUAAUAGGGUUUGAUGCUGUUGGCAUGGCCUGUGCUAUCAGUAUCUUAAUGAAGGACUUGGCAGAUGAACUCGCUUUUGUCGAUGUCAUGGAAGACAAAUUAAAGGGAGAGAUGAGGGAUUUGCAACAUGGCAGCCUUUUCCUUAGAACACCAAAAAUUGUCUCUAGGAAAGACUAUAAUGUGACGGCAAACUCCAAGCUGGUUAUUGGCACAGCUGGGACAUGUCAACAAGAGGGAGAAAGCCAUUUUAAUUUGGUCCAGCAUAACAUGAACAUCUUUAAAUUCAUCAUUCCUAAUGUUGUAAAAUACAGUCUCAACUGCAAAUUGCUUAUUGUUCCCAGUCCAGUGGAUGUCUUGAUCUACGUGGCUCAGAAGAUAAGUGGCUUUCCCAAAAACCAUGUUAUUGGAAGUGGUUGCAACCUAGAUUCAACCUGGUUUUGUUACCUAAUGGGGGAAAGGCUGGGAGUUCACCCAUUAAGCUAUCAUGGCUGGGUCUUUGGGGAGCGUGGAGACUCGAGUGUGCCUGUGUGGAGUGGGGUGAAUGUUGCCAGUGUCUCCCUAAAGACUCUGCACCCUGAUUUGGGCACUGAUGCAGAUAAGGAACAGUGGAAAGAAGUUCACAAACAGGUGGUUGACCGUUCUUACGAGGUGAUCAAACUGAAAGGCUACACAUCCCAGGCCAUUGGACUAUCUGUGGCAGAUUUAGCAGAAAGUAUGAUGAAGAAUCUUAGGCUGGUGCAUCCAAUUUCCACCAUGAUCAAGGGUCUCUGUGGAAUAAAAGAAGAUGUCUUCCUUAGUGUUCCUUGCAUCUUAGGACAGAAUGGAAUCUCAGAUGUUGUGAAGGUGACUCUGACACCUGAGGAAGAGGCCCGUUUGAAGAAGAGUGCAGAUGCACUUUGGGGGAUCCAGAAGGAGCUGCAGUUUUAA